AGUCAAGCAAGCCUGGAGAUAUGGAGGUCCUUCGGGAGGAAAGGCAUGGUGCAGAAACUGGACCAAAAACUGCCGGUCGCCAACGAGUACUUGCUGCUUUCCGGGGGUGUCCGGGAGGGCGUGGUUGACUUAGACCUGGACGAGCUGAACGUCUACGCCCGUGGGACGGACUACGACAUGGACUUCACCCUCCUGGUGCCGGCCCUGAAGCUCCACGACCGGAACCAGCCCGUCACCUUGGACAUGCGCCACUCCGCCUUGUGCCACUCGUGGCUGAGCUUGCGGCUCUUCGACGAAGGGACCAUCAGCAAGUGGAAGGACUGCUGCACCAUCGUGGACCACAUCAACGGGGCCACCAACUACUUCUUCUCCCCCACCAAAGUGGCCGACUGGUUCUACGACUCCAUCAGCAUCGUCCUCUCCGAGAUCCAGAAGAAGCCUCAGAGAGGGAUGCCCAAAGUGGAGAAAGUGGAGAAGAGCGGCACCAUCAUCUCCAUCAUCCUGGGGGUGGGCAGCAGCCGCAUGCUCUACGACAUCGUGCCUGUCGUGUCCUUCAAAGGCUGGCCGGCCGUGGCCCAGAGCUGGCUGAUGGAGAACCACUUCUGGGACGGGAAGAUCACGGAGGAAGAGGUCAUCAGCGGGUUCUACUUGGUGCCCGCCUGCUCCUACAAAGGCCGGAAGGACAACGAGUGGCGGCUCUCCUUCGCCCGCAGCGAAGUUCAGCUCAAGAAGUGCAUCUCCAGCAGCCUCAUGCAAGCCUACCAGGCCUGCAAGGCCAUCAUCAUCAAGCUGCUCUCGCGCCCCAAGGCCAUCAGCCCUUAUCACUUGCGCAGCAUGAUGCUCUGGGCCUGCGACCGGCUGCCGGCAAACUACCUGGCCCAGGAGGACUACGCGGCCCACUUCCUGCUGGGCCUCAUUGACGAUCUCCAGCACUGCUUGGUCAACAAGAUGUGCCCCAACUACUUCAUCCCCCAGUGCAACAUGCUGGAGCACCUCUCCGAGGAGACGGUCAUGCUCCACGCCCGGAAGCUCUCCUCGGUGCGCUCGGAUCCCGCCGAGCACCUCCAGACGGCCAUUGAGCACGUCAAGGCCGCCAAUCGGCUGACGCUCGAGCUGCAGCGCAGGGGGAGCGCCACCAGCAUCCCCUCCCCGCAGUCGGAUGGCGGGGAGACCGGCCAGCCGGACGACCGGCUAGCCAAAAAACUUCAGCAGCUUGUGACUGAGAACCCGGGCAAAUCCAUCUCGGUCUUCAUUAACCCCGAUGACGUCACGCGGCCUCACUUCAGAAUCGACGACAAGUUUUUCUGAGUGUUCCUGCUCGCUUCGGACUCGAAAUGUGGUUUCUUUUGUCCCCAACCCUCCCAAACUCCCUCUUUGGGGCAUUUCUCU